CGUUCAUCGCGAUGUCAAAAGGCCGAGAACCCAAAACCCAACAGUCCGCGUCAUCGCAAGGCUGGGCAGCCUUGGGUCUCGUAAAAAUAGCCCACCCAACAGCCACGCAAUCCCCGCAGCGCCACCAACGCCAUCGGGGAUUAACACAUGCAUGUGGAGCGCCCAUCACGAAGCAAGGCUGAUGUUUGGUGGGAUGAUACGUAAGUCCCGUGGCUAUCGUCUUUUGCUUCUACUCGGCGACUUCUUGGAGCUUGGAGGGUUUGAAAGAGUAUAUGUUACGGCGGUUACGAUAUUUGAAGCUUUGUUCAUAGUUGGAAUGUCAGUGAGAUCGAGUAUGCUUCUUUGAUCGAUAACGAGAUAUCACUUUUCUUUCAUACCAUACUUUUUUACUUGGCAGGGACUCAGUCACCCCACCGUCGAUAGAAAUUAUUACGCAGGGUGGAAAUACGAGUUCCCAGCACAUCACCAUGGCAUCCAACUCCCCAUCCUCCCCAGGCCAUCAACCACCACACGAUGCAGCCUCCUCCUCCUCCUCCACCUCCCUCCCCCCCGAAACCCGCCGACACAGCCACCACCCCUCCAUCAACUCCCGCCACUCCUCUCACCAAGAAUAUAUCGACUCCCUCCCCGUCCCUCCCCCCUCAGAACUCGCACGCAUCGAGUACGUGCAGAUCCAGAAAGAAGAAGACGAGAAGAAGGCGCACCGCCAGAGCCUCAGUGCGGAUACCCCGGAGCAUCGGCACAGUGAGGAGGGGAGAGGGAGGAAUGCGGCUGCUGAGCUGAUACAGAGGAAUUAUAGGGGGUAUAGGGAGCGCAGACAGAUGAGGGGGUGGGGACUGGAUCCGGGGAGUAGGUGGGUUGAGGCGUUUAAGGAGGCGAGAUAUAGGAAUUUGACGACGCCGAGGCCGAGGGGGAGUGUUGAUGAGACCGGGUCUAGACCUGGGACGGCGGGGGGCGAGGAUAGCCCAGUGUCAGCGUCUGGGAAGCGAUUAAGUGGUGCUGCUCGGGCGAACUGGACGAAAGUCGGCACGAUAGUGAAGCGUGCAGCGAACGACGAGGAUUCAAGCAGCGAGAGUAGCGGGGAGGAUGAGACGGCCGGUGAGAUCCGGCGAUUGCGAGCGGAGAAGAAGGAGGAGAGGAUGAGGUCUGCGAAGAUGAUGGAUAUUCAGUACUGGCUUGAGAUGGUGGAUGUCAGGCAUCGGUAUGGGAGUAAUCUGCGAACGUACCACCAGGAGUGGCAGAGGGCGGAGACGAAAGAGAAUUUCUUCUACUGGUUGGAUUAUGGGGAGGGGAGGAGGAUUGAGUGUGCGGGGUGUUCGAGGGACAGAUUGGAGAGGGAGAGGAUUAGGUAUCUUAGCAAGGAGGAGAGGCUGGAUUAUUUGGUUAGGAUUGAUGGGGUGGGGAGGUUGUGUUGGGCGAAGGAUGGGAGGAGGAUUGAUACGACUACGAAGUAUAGGGAUAGUCUCCAUGGUAUUGUACCGGUUGAGAGCGAUGCCCCGAUGUUCAAACCUGAAGAUGGCGAUCACACCAUAGUACCAUCACAUAUCGGCACCACCUCCUCGUCCGACUCAGACUCCGAAAAAGAAGCCGAGGCGCAACACUACGCAACUGACAGUUUCGACAAAGCUCGCGGAAUGAAGAAAGUCAAGCACGUCUCCCCCUCUACAAUCUUCAACAAGCUCCUCCGGAGCUCCGUCAAGAAGAAUACCUGGAUCUUCGUCGCGGAUACCAAUUUCCGGCUCUACGUGGGCAUCAAGCAGUCUGGAGCUUUUCAGCACUCUUCUUUCCUGCAUGGCUCGAGGAUAUCAGCCGCGGGAUUGAUCAAGAUCAAAGACGGCCGCUUGGAUGAACUUUCCCCCCUAUCAGGGCACUACCGCCCACCCGUCUCCUCCUUCCGCGCCUUCGUCCACGCCCUCCGAGAAGGCGGGGUGGAUAUGUCACACGUCUCCAUCUCGCGCUCCUACGCGGUGCUGGUGGGGCUCGAAGCAUAUGUCAAGACGAGGAAGAGGGGGAAGAAGGUGGUGGGGAAGUUGUUGCAUGGACGGGAUAAGAUACUUAGUCCGGAGGAGGUGAGGAGGAGGGAGGAGGAGGAGAGGGAUAAGAGUGAGAGUGCGGAGAGGGAGAGGAGGGUGUUGGAGCUGCAGAGGGAGGAGGGGGAGGGGGGGUUGUUGAGGAGGUUGCGGAUUGGGGGUUCGCCGAGGGAGAGGAGGGAGGAGGGGAGUGGGUGA